AUGGACGUGACACCCAGAAAGCGUACUAAGAUUGUGACUUUGCAUGAACAUACAUCUAGUACAUAUCGAGAAAUUGCUAAGAUCGUUGGAGUGAGUCUUGCAACUGUUAGCCGUGUCAUUAAAUUGAAGCAUGACACUGGAUCGGUUACUCCUAAACAGCUAGAGAAGAGGUUUCCUGAUGGUUCUGGGAUCUUUCAACAGGACCUUGCUCCCUGUCACACAUCAAAAAUUGUGAAGAAUUUCAUGACAGAGAAGAAUAUACAAGUGCUUGAUUGGCCGGGCAACUCUCCAGACGUAAGCCCAAUUGAAAAUUUGUGGGCCAUUUGCAAAAGUAGGCUUCGUACAAUGGACUGCACAACUAAAGAAAUGCUCAUUCAGGCACUGAUUCAGCUAAUACUCCUGGCAAACCGCACUGCGCUGCACACCAGGCACUGA